UUGUGGUGAAAGGAACGUUGAACGCGGAAGGCACGCGCAACUUAGAAAGUUAACGGUAAAUAGAAAUACGGUGCUGUGUGCUCUAAUGAUUAGUUUUAUUAUCUGCAGAAAUGAGAGAACAAAACAAAAUUGAUGAAAGUGAAUAAUUGAAGUGAGUGUAGAAAAAAUCAAAAUUGAAGAGUGAAGAAAUAAUAAGAAGAAGAGCAAACGUGCGAAACAAAAUAAAAGCGUAAAAGUUUUUGAGUGUGUGUGUAUGCCGAGUAAGUCAAGUGUAUAAGUAUAAGCAAGGGAUUUUAAGUUGCCGCGCUUCCGUUUUCACAACUGUUGUCGUCGUUAGCGUGUAUGCGCUUACUAUAACGGUGAAGUGUGAUAAGCUUAUAUACACAUACAUAUAUAUUUAUAUACAUGUGCGUACAUGUUGCAUAGCAAUCAAGUGUCAAGUGUGAGCGGGUGGCAAGCAGUGAUGUGUGCAACAGAAAGGUGCUGCGGCUGCCACUCCUAAAGUGUGAAUACGAUUUUGAUGAGUGGCAAAACGACGAAAUUAAGUAAAUAGUAGAAAUACUUAAGUGUCGUGCGCAGAAAAUCGACGUGUGGGUCUGAAGUGUGUCGCUAUGUCCACACCCGCCUCACUAUUGUGCUACUAAGUCAGUGAGAAUCGCGGCAAGUGGCAGUUGAAAAGUGGAAAAAGUUUCCAAAAAGCAUAAUUAUUGUGAUAAAGUUUUCCAAAUUUUCUUAUAAUUUCAUGCUUUAGCUCGGCAUAUAACCAUUCAAAACCCACAAUUACUUCUUUAAAGUUUUAAAAAAAUAUGAGUAUUAUAUGAAUGGAAGAUUUUAAAUUCUCAUGUGGAAACGAAGCCGAGUCCUUAACUCAAUACAUGCAGUUCAUCUAAACCGAUAAUUUAAUUCGGCAACACUGAUUUUCAAAGGAAUGAGUUGGAGCGGAACAAUGUAUAUUUCCUAGUUUCAAUUAAAUAAACUAAUAUGCACAAAUUAAAAAACAAAAUGAAAUAUUGCCAAUUUUCAAUUAAAAUACGAAGUGAAACGUUUGAAAAUAAAUAAAUUGAAAUAAAUUCGAAUACAUACGUGCACGAGGAGAAUUAAUCCCUUACAAUAAGCAAAAAUAAUACUCGUAGAAAUAUUGAAAAACUCGGAAAAAUAAAGACAAUAUACAGUCCAAAAAUAAACGCAAAAUCGCAAUAUUGCACACAUACAUACAUGUAUACAAGUACAUGUGUGCGCUCACAAGUGAUAUAUUCCAGCUUUUCGUUAAUCAAUUUCGGUAUAUUUUGAUUACUUUCGACUAGGCAACCAUUGUGAUUUCGCUGUUGGUUUUCUUUUUAAAUUUUUUCAAUUUUCUUUUAUUGUUGCGAAGUUGUGAAAAUACACACCAAUAUCCGCAAUGCGGCAUUAGAAUAUUACGCGAAUUCGAAUUCGCCAUAUCGAUUAUUGUUAACGGUUUGCACGCUGCGCCUACACGCCGGUUGAUGGGCGCGUUUGAUGUUGCCGAUGGUGGCAAAAUGGAUCGAUGUCGAAAUUGGUUUUGCGCGCGUAGUAAUAAUAAUGACUAUGCCGAAGUGGCCGUAAAUGACCCGCUCAAAAAUCUAACCAAUUCCAUUUCGGAUACAAUACGUGACCACGUGCGCGACAUGAGCAGCAGUAAUGGCGGUGGUUUUAUGACCGCAGCAACCACAACACCUCCACCAUCUAUGGCUACAACAACACCAAUGCACUCGACGACUACAUCGCAUGUGGUUACAUUUCUGGAUGAUGUCGGCGCAAGCGGUAGCAAUGGCGCGGUUACGACGAGUAGUCGUGUGGUAAGCCACACAGAGUUGCAUCCACCCAUGGUCGACGGUAAUUUGGACGUAAUCGAAGCUGUAGAGGAUUUCGCUAAUGGAACUGGCAUCGGUUUAUCGCUAUGUGAUGAUAGUGUGCCAUCAUCGAAAAACUGCUAUCGCCUCAUUAUGCUGGGCUCGUCACGUGUGGGAAAAUCAUCGAUUGUGGCACGUUUUUUGGGUAAUCGCUAUGAUGACGCAUACACCCCGACCAUCGAAGACUUCCACCGCAAGCUUUAUCGAAUACGCAAUGAGGUGUAUCAGCUGGAUAUAUUGGAUACGUCGGGCCAUCAUCCGUUUCCAGCAAUGCGACGCCUAUCAUUCAUGACCGGUGAUAUUUUCAUAUUAGUUUUCAGUAUGGACUCGCGAGAAUCUUUCGAAGAAGUCGUACGAUUACGGGAAAACAUACUAGAAACCAAAUGGGCGGCGCUUAAUCCCGGCUCCGGUAUGAAAAAGAAAAGUUUGCCGAAAAUACCUAUGGUUAUUGCUGGAAAUAAAUGUGAUCUUGAACCCAAAAAAGUUCAACUAGACGAGGUAAUGGGAUACAUUGCCGGCCAAGAUAAUUGUUGCGUCUUCGUCGAAUGUUCGGCGCGACAAAAUUUCCGCAUCGAUGAUUUAUUUUAUGCACUUUUUAUGGUUUCGAAUUUACCAUUGGAAAUGGCACCGAAUCACCAUCGACGCGUGGUAUCCGUAUUCGGAGCACCAUCACCACUGCCGCCACACACAACUGUGGGCGGGUCGAAGAAGAAUGCGCUUUCGAUUAAGCGACGUUUCAGUGAUGCCUGCGGAGUGGUAGCACCGAACGCGCGACGACCCAGCAUACGAACCGAUCUGAAUUUGAUGCGCUCCAAGACGAUGGCUAUGAACGAGGGCGACGGAGCGGGCGUAGCGCGUAGAAAUAUGUGCGCUUUAAUGUAAGCGUUAAGUGCGUUAGGAAUAUCUUUAUACACAUAAUCGUAAUAAUAUACAUACAUACAUAUAUACCUACAUUAUAGGAGCGAUGAUUUCAGUAUGUGAUACAAUCAUAGAGCGUUCUAGUUAAACCCAUGCACAUUAGUUCAUAAAUAAUAUAAAGUACAUAAAUUUAUUAAUUACAGUUAUGUGAAUAAAUAAAUGCGUAUGCUUAAGUGAAAAUGUAUUAAAUACAGGUACAUACAUACAUAACAUAUUUAUACAAAUAAAUAAUAUCAUUUGUAAGAUUUUGAGAAUGCGUUGAAUUUAUCGGUGAAGUACAGCUUGAAGUGUGCUUCUUCUAAAAAUAAUAAUAAAAGAAAUUAAUAUUUUUAUUAUAUCAAAUAAAAGUAUUUUCUGAAACCUUUAGCAUUUAAAGAGAUAUUUCGGAAAAAUAUGCGUAUA